GACCCUUCUACUUCUGGCUUCUGGCUACCAACACAGCAGAAACUUAAAAAUACGCUAAAAAUGCCAAACAAGUUCAAUACUCUGCUCUUCUCAUUUCCCUUGUUACUUGUGUUCAGUUGUGCCGCAGCAAAAGUUCCUGCAGUAAUAGUGUUCGGAGACUCUUCUGUGGAUGCCGGAAACAACAACGGGAUCUCGACCGUUCUCAAGAGCAAUUUCCAGCCCUAUGGCCGUGAUUUCUACGGCGGGCGCCCCACCGGGCGAUUCUGCAACGGCCGGAUUCCUCCGGAUUUCAUUUCAGAGGCCUUUGGACUCAAGCCAGCCAUUCCGGCCUACUUGGAUCCAAUGUAUAACAUGUCGGAUUUUGCCACCGGCGUUUGCUUUGCCUCCGCCGGUACCGGCUAUGACAAUGCAACCUCCAAUGUGCUUAAUGUGAUACCCUUUUGGAAAGAAUUAGAGUACUACAAGGACUAUCAAAGAAAAUUGCGAGAUAAUGUUGGUAAGAGGAUGGGGAACGAAAUUAUUAGGGAGGCCUUGUAUCUAAUGAGCUUAGGCACAAAUGAUUUCCUCGAAAAUUACUACAUAUUCCCUACCCGAAGAAUUCGGUUCACGGUGAGCCAGUACCAGGAUUUUCUUAUCGUACAUGCCGAAAAUUUCAUACGGGAACUUCAUGGCCUCGGAGCGAGGAAAUUGUCCCUCACCGGCCUUCCUCCGAUGGGCUGUCUACCCCUUGAGAGAACCACAAAUGUCAUGGGUGGCAAUGAAUGCAUAGAGGAUUACAAUAAUGUGGCAGUGGAGUUCAAUAGGAAGUUGAAUGGGAUGGUGGCUAAACUGAAUAGGGAACUUCCUGGAAUGCAUAUGGUGUCUGCAAAUGCAUAUGACAUUUUCUAUCAAAUUAUCACAAAACCAUCGACAUACGGAUUUGAAGUAUCAGGGGUGGCCUGCUGUUCCACGGGAACGUUCGAGAUGAGUUACCUUUGCAGUAAGAGUAACCCAUUUACAUGCCCAGAUGCGAAUAAAUACGUAUUCUGGGAUGCCUUCCAUCCUACAGAAAAAACAAACAAGAUCAUCUCCGAUCAUCUAAUCCCUUUUCUUCUAGCUACCUUCUCCUGAUUAAUUAAUUAAUUACUGUGAUCUAAAUACGCGCGUGUACUCAUAAAUAUCACUGUAUUAAAACAAUUUCAGCUUUUAGUUUUGAGUUCUGGUAUUUUCGGGAUCAACUGCACUCAAGUAAUGCUUUGUAUGGUGGUUUGGAGUUAGUAAUUUCAUUAAAACGGUGCAUAAUAGUGUUUUGUAAUUUUUUUUUAACCAGUCCUAAGUAUUUGGUAUUUAGUAAAAUUUUUCAUUUAAU